AUCGCCACCUCCCUCAUCCCCUGGGGUUCGUUCCUCGCGCGCGGGGCUCAGAGCGGACAGUGCACAGUCUGUCCGCGCUCCCUCCUCCCCACGCUCUCAUCUCUCUCCCUGCCGCGGAAUCAUCUCGCCACCGCUACGCCUCCAAACCUCGCGUCUCUCCAGCCUUUCCCUCUGCACUCUCUCUCCUCCCCCCCCUUUAACAACGCUCACUCCACUCCUCACUCUCACACAAUCACCACCGGCACCACCAACCACGAACCAUCAUCACCAGACAACAGUAGCGUCGGCAGCACCCUCAUUCAACAGCGAUAGCAAAUAUCUAUGAGAAUAUCAUCAUCAUCAUCAACUUCAUCAGGAGGAGGAGGACGAGAAGCCAUGAUGCGUUCCCCGUCGCCCGUGCCGGAGUCACCCCGAGUCGCCUGGGCUGAGGAGCGCGGCGACCCCGCGGAGCCCCGCGGCGUUCGCUCGUCCGCCUCUCCUGUCUCCCUCGUCUCGCCGUCUCCUCCCUCCCGAGGGCCCCGCGGCCACGGGAGGGAGGAGCGCCUGGCAGGGGACAGAGACUCGGGACGCGCAGGCGGAGCAGAGUCGCGGGGUGCCGCGAUGGAGGAGGAGGAGGCGGCGGCGCUGCUGCUGCUACGCGGGAUUUUCACCAUCGGAGGCAAGAGCUGCGACGUGGAGCUGCGGGGGAGAGCUCUCUCCUGGAGCCCCAUCGUGCCCGAGGCGAUGUCCGGCCCGGCCUCCGCGGCUCCAGCGGCAGCAGGCGAGGCCCCCGCCGAAGAGUGGCUGGACCUCAAGGAUGUGUUCGCCGUGAAACUGAAGCGCCGGCGAUCCGCCGGACAGACCAAGGGCGGCACCCUGCUGGGCAUCACCCUGUUCGUGUGCCGGCGCCGGCAGCGAGGCCACAGCAGGCUGGGCGCGGCUGGGCCGGCCGGCCACGACGAGGGGAAGCUGAAGGAGCAGCCCCUGCACCUGGGCAACUCCAGCGAGGACCACUGCCAGACCUGGUUCUACCGCAUCCGCGCCGUCCUGAGCGGCUUCCCCGAGCGGCCCAGGAGGCUGCUGGUGUUCGUCAACCCCCAGAGCCACCGCAAGGAAGCGCCGGAGCUGUUCGCGUCGCGAGUGGAGCCGCUGUUCAAACUGGCCGACGUCGGAACGCACCUCAUCGUGACGGAGAGGGAAGGGCAUGCCUUGGCUGAACUUCAGACUUGCGACCUCACCGGCUUUGACGGUGUGGUGUGUGUGGGUGGGGACGGCACGGUGGCGGAGGUGGUGAAUGGGCUGCUCUUGCGUGCUCAGCGUGAUGUCGGCACGGACCCCGACGGGGCCUUCACGCCAGUGCCCACUCACUUGCCCAUCGGCAUCAUCCCCGCAGGGUCGACGGACGUUGUGGCGUUCUCCAUGCACGGGACGAGCCACGCUGCCACGGCUUCGCUGCACAUCAUCCUAGGCCACCUGCUACCGGUGGACGUGUGCUCGCUGGCCGUGCGGGGCCGAUUGCUCCGCUUUGGCUUCUCCGCCAUGCUGGGCUUCGGCGGGAGAAGCCUGGCGAUAGCCGAGCGGCACCGCUGGAUGCCGCCUAACCAGAGGAGGGACUUUGCGGUCCUCAAGGCUCUGGCCAGUUUAAGGCCAGUGGACUGCGAGAUCGGCUUUCUGCCCGCGAGUGAAGGUGCGUCAGGACAGACAGCAGAAGGUGCACGGGCACUCAAGAGGUGGGAUUCAUCUGCAAAGAUUCCCGGCGGUGCGCAGGUUGGCGCAACGGGGGAAGACGCGUCUGGGCUGCUGUGGCUUCACACGAGCGGGGACUUCCUCAACGUGACCGUGGCGGCGGUGCCCUGCCGCUGUGCCGUCGCUCCCCGCGGACUGGCUCCCGACACGCUGCUGGACGACGGCAGCAUGUCGCUGAUCGCCGUGCGCAGCACGACUCGUGCCCAUUUCGUCAAGUACCUGAAACGUUUCGGCAGCUCCAAAGCGCAGCCGAACCCACCGUUUGUGGACAGCAUGGCGGUGCAGGCGGUGCGCGUGACCCCUAGAGGUCACCCGUCUGGGGAGGACGGCUCCUCUCGGUGGGGAGAUGGGGAGGGCGAGACCGCCGGGGCGGCCACAGACGGGCGCUGCUUCUGGAACGUGGACGGUGUGCUGCUAGAAGAGACUGGUGAAGUGCACAUCAGGGUUCACACUCGCCUCGUGACGCUGUAUGGCUGCUCCCUUGGCCAUGAUGAUGAAGACGCUGCCAUGAAAUGCAACUGCUUGUGAUGCUUUUGAUACUUGUGGUGCUUGUGAUACUUGCACAAAGGAUUAUGAGAGCGGACCGGUUGAGGGAAGCACAAGGCCGAGACCAAGAGGAAGCCAGGGAGUGGUGGGGACAGGUACCAGCUCCUGGUGGCUCGCAUUGAUGAGCGGGCAAGGAUAAAACCACACUUUUUAAGCAGUAAGGAUUGCUUUGGAAAGGUUUUAUGAAACAGAAAAAACACUUUUCCCAAAGGCACUUUAAAAAUAGGGCAAAUUUGUACAUAUAUAUAACCGCUAUUUUGGAAUUAUGAGCAGGUAAAAUCAUAGCAACCAAACAUAUAUUGGAGUGUUUACUGGACUUGUACAUGGAGCCCGGUUUAAAUGUCAGUGGCAAGUUCACACGUUUUGCCAUCGAGGCCCCCAUGGGAGCGACCUGGUUACCUUUGCAGCUCCUUCUCAGGAGACCACAACAGCACAUGGGGGGGGGAUGAUCCUCGGUGGGGGACAUCAGCCGCACGCCCAUCUGGACGUCACAGCACUUAGCUCCACGCACUCUCACGCUGCCCACCACGGUCUGCCACAGCAGCCGUUUCACACGUGCAGCGAUUUAGCCUCGGGUCACUUAUGACGUCUGUUCAGAAAGCAGGUAUCCGUGGGCUUUAAUGACAAUGACUUAUUGGGACAUUUCACGUGGAUCGUCGUUAUUCAAGCUUCAUUUGCACAAAACCCUUUGCGGUUUAGAUAAAUGUAAUUUACUGUCCGGUCAUGAUCACCACAUGAAAUGUCCCGUUGGAUUAACAGCGAGAUUUACAAGGCAAUAACAUGAACGUUGAUCGUAAAAUCAAUGCUAUGAUUUAAAUAUAUGGCAUAUAAAUCGGGUUUGCUCACUCAUUGCUGUGCAGUGUGAAGUGCAUAAAAGAACGAUUCAACUUCGAGUAAUUU